CGCUUUCAGUUUCCGAGCCCUGCCUGACUGCUUGCUUGCCUGCCUGGUGGCUCCCCGCCCACCGCUGCUAUCUGCUGCCUGCCUGCCUGCCUGCCUGCCUGCCUGCCUAGCUGUUGGACGGACUGGGGCAGAUCCUCGCCGACCAGUUCCGUGUUCUCUCCUCUCCCAGUACACGGACCUGACUGCACGGGAGGACCCAGCGGUGUCAUGGUGGACAUUCCUGCCCAGUCGCGGCACCUUUAAGUCCGGGGACAGAAGGAAAGUGUGUCGGAGGUAAGGGUACCUCCAUCAAACAGCCCACACUUGCGGAGUGCUGCCAUGGGAAUGAAGACACCAACAGUAGCAGCUCCAAAAUGAUGUAUGGGCAGAUGGGUAAGAGGGCGACCAAGCAGAAGUCUUUGGCCUCCGCGUUGUCAGCUGACCUCCAACCCCUCCCUCAUGAGUUAAAAAUGGCACUGUGGCUGAGUCAAGGAGGAAAGCAAGACAUCUUAUUCUCCUGGAGUUUUUGGAAUGUAUUAAACCUGUAUUUCUGAAAGAGGACUGCACAGACUGGACAAACCUGGUGUCCCUUUUUUUAUGUCGCUGGGAGUAACAUGGUUCAUCAAUCACAGAAUUACAUUUGAUUGGGAGAUGCUCCUGAAGAAAAACUGACUACAAAAUUGAACUUCAAUAAAAAAAUGGAGAAGGAUUUUACACAAUAGGAUGUCUAAUCUCAUACACUGUGGAUAGUGAACACAUUCGCUGUCCUGGACUUAAAUCAGCCAAAGUUGGUGUAGUCAACCCUACACACCCAAUUCAACUCAAGAAACAAUCCUGUUUAAACUGUAUCAGGACAUUAAAGCCUGUUACUGUAAUCCAAUCCAUUGCCCAUUGUUGUGAAUGGAUGUCUGACUCUUCUAAAACAAGAAGGUGACUUUUCACUUCAGGUUCAAACUGAAACACUGACCCCGGGUCAGUAUCUUGCUGCAACAUUACAUAAAUAAACUCCAAACAUGGCUGCUACAGGAAGGAGGCACUUGGUGCAAGACUUUAACCAUUUCAUCACCUGUUACCUGUGUAGAGGAUACCUGAUUAAACCGACCACGGUCACCGAGUGCCUGCACACCUUCUGUAAGAGCUGCAUUGUGCAGCACUUUGAGGACAGCAAUGACUGUCCUAAAUGUGGCAUUCAGGUCCAUGAGACCAACCCACUGGAGAUGCUCAGAUUGGACAACACCCUGGAGGAGAUCAUUUUCAAGCUGGUACCCGGACUGAGAGAAAAGGAGGAACAGCAGGAACUGGAAUUCUGGAAGAAGAACCCGCCCAAAGAGAAUGGCCAAGCAGAAAACUUGACGUGUCAAAGACUCGGACUGCCCGAUGUUGGAGGGGAUGACGGCGAUGGUGAUUGCGGCGGUGGUGAAGAGGAUGGUGGCGAUGACGACUACCACAGGAGUGACCCUCAGAUAGCAAUCUGCCUGGACUGCCUACGCAACACAGGACAGUCGGGCGAGAGCACUGUCUCGGAUUUAAUGAAGAGGUUCAUACGCUGCUCCAGCAGAGUCACCGUGGGAACAAUUAAGAAGUUCCUCAGUCUUAAACUAAAGCUGCCCAGCUCUUACGAGCUGGAUGUGCUGUGUAACGGAGAGAUCAUGGGCAGAGAUCACACUCUGGAGUUCAUCUACAUGACCCGAUGGAGGCUACAUGGAGAGAAUACGUAUCCCAUGGUUCUUGAGUACCGGCCACGGAUUGACUUUGGCUGAACCGCAAGAGGAGAAACAACAGUCAUUCACUUACAGACUUAAACACACACACACACACACACACACACACACACACACACACUCCUGCAGACAUACAUAUUAAGUAAGAAACACAAUAAUGUAAAACACACACACACAAACCAACAUUCAUGUGCCCACACCGUGCAGAAUGAGUGAGAGAUUUAAAUGUAUUUUUGUACAGCCAACAAUGAAGUGCUUAUGUUGUUAUGGUAAAGAGGUUUUAUGCUCCAUAGAAUAAUAUAUGCUAUAAUAUAUGAUAUUUUUAAAUGUAUGUCCCUGUGCCUAAAACCUGUUGAGAUCAGAAAUGAAGUAUGACCAUAUCUUUGCUUUGCCUGUUUAACUCUGUAGAUUAAAUGUUGAUUUUCUACUGUUGA